ACAAUGCGGUCCUUUUCGAAAACAAUGAAUUAACUGUUGAUUUUUGAUACGAAAUUUAAGAAUGCACUUUCGGUCGCCAUGCUCCAUAUAUAAAUAUGAUUUGUGGAUGGCAGUUUCCUGAUAACGAAGCGGUCUAUUUUGUGUCAAAACAUAAUUGGUUUAUGCGACUUGAUGGAACUAUAUACGAGUACAUAAAAGGCUUUUCUAAAAUAUAUAAAAAUAAAAAGAAGCCAUAAACAAACACUGGCUUGUGGAAUCUUGAAGUCAACCUUUGUGAGCCUCAGAUGCAUUUCAAAAUCUUUUCUGAUAACAAAAUCCCCAAGCAUCGGAAAUUUAUUUUGAAAUACAAAGUGCCAGUAUUUUGCAGAUUAUUGAAGAGAAGCAAUCUAUAAACCAUAGCAAAUUAAAUAUGGCCUGCUCAAGUCACAGAAAUCUGAGUUUAUUGGUGGGAUGGCUUAAUGUCAUACUGCCUGUCUUGUCAACAAUUGCAAUAUUGGUGUCUUGGUUGAUAUACGAUACACCAGAAACGAAGGGUGACUCCCAAAGAUAUGCUGCAUUGUUGCUGGCAUUAAUUUUCACCUACUUGAUAUUGUGGUUCAUAUUGUCGGUACUGCUGACUAAAGGCAUUUAUGAGAAACGUCACAAACUAAUGAUCCCUUGGGUUUAUUUAACCGGUUUCAUCAUCUUUGCAUUGACAUUUUUACUGGUCUAUGAUAUUAUCGCAGAUGUGAUAUUGGGUUAUUCCUUCAUUAUAUUGCUGUUAAAGUUCAUCGGAAACUGUUUGACAUUAGGCACUAUAGUUUUUGUUUCAUAUCCAGUCUUUAUGUACUAUAUGAAAAUUCGAUAUAAUUGGGAUGAUCCGGAACUAAAAUAAAAGCACCAAAAGUUACUUCAGUUCAUAUCGACUUAUUAAUUUGUAUAAUUAUUUUUUUUUUUAUUUGGUAUUAAGCAAUAAAUAUUUUAACAAUAACAAAGUGAUUGGAAAUGAUA